GAUACUGUCAGCUGGGGAGAACGCAUGCCGUCUCUUUAACCUCAACCGCAUACCAAAAUUAAAGUCUUCGGUGUUGUUUGUUUGAAAACAUGUGGAUAUUUGGCGGUUCGAAUCGAAACAAUCAGCAGCCCGAUUUGGCGCAGCUCGGGCUGGCCAAUCCGGGCGCUGGGGGUGCGGGUGGUUCCAGCGAGCCUCCGCCCCAGCUAACGAAUGCCGAGAAAAAGGCCAUGGAAGCUUACCGAUUCGAUUCUUCGGCGUUGGAACGGGCCGCGCAGGCCGCCAGGGAAUUGGAGCGAUCCAAACAUGCGAAAGAAGCGUUGGACUUAUCAAAACUCCAAGAGACCACCAGACAAGUUGAACAGCAAGCAAAAAUCAAGGAGUACGAGGCCCACAUCGCCCAGAUGCAAAUCGAGGCGAAACGAGCUGAGGCCGAGGAGAAGAGAAAACUGCUGCAAGAAGAAACUAGACAGCACCAGGCCAGAGCCCAGUACCAGGAUCAGCUUGCGCGGAAACGUUACGACGAUCAGUUACUGCAACAGCAAAGGGUGAACGAAGACAAUUUAAAGAGACAAGAAGAAUCGGUAGCAAAACAGGAAGCGAUGCGCAAGGCCACAAUCGAACACGAAAUGGAAUUGAGGCAUAAAAACGAAAUGAAAAGGGUCGAGGCGGAGACGAGGGCGAAGGCUAAGGUCGAUAGGGAAAACCGUGACAUCACAUUGGAACAGAUCCGUCUGAAAGCCGCUGAAAACCGUGUCACCGUACUGGAAAGUAUUAAAACUGCGGGUUCGGUUAUCGGAGCCGGAACACAGGCGAUGUUAUCCGAUUGGAACAAAGUGGUGACGGCCGCCGGCGGGUUAUCACUUUUGGCUUUGGGAAUUUACUCGGCGAAGGGUGCGACUGGUGUGACAGCCAGAUAUAUAGAAUCUAGAUUAGGAAAACCGUCUUUGGUCAGAGAAACAUCGCGAUUUUCGUUAUUGGAAGCGGUGCGACAUCCGAUUGAAACGUUGAAAAAGAUCAAAACCAAAGAACAGGAUGCACUCAGCGGGGUUAUUCUGGCACCAAAGCUGGAGGAACGGCUUAGAGAUGUGGCAAUUGCUACGAAAAACACAAAACAAAACAAGGGAAUGUACAGGAACAUUCUAAUGUACGGCCCACCCGGAACCGGAAAAACCAUGUUCGCAAAGAAAUUAGCCAAACAUUCAGGCAUGGACUAUGCAAUCCUAACAGGUGGUGACAUCGCACCGAUGGGCAGAGAUGGAGUCACAGCAAUUCACAAAGUUUUUGACUGGGCUACUAGCACCAGGAAGGGACUGUUAUUGUUCAUCGACGAAGCCGACGCCUUUUUGCGGAAACGUUCCUCUGAAACUAUCUCCGAAGAUUUGCGUUCGACGUUAAACGCAUUUUUGUACCGUACAGGCGAACAGAGCAAUAAAUGCAUGUUGGUGCUGGCAUCAAACACGCCUGAGCAGUUUGAUUGGGCCGUGAAUGACAGAUUGGAUGAGAUGGUUGAAUUUAAUUUACCUGGAGUUGAAGAAAGGGAAAGACUUAUGAGAUUGUACUUUGACAAAUUUGUCUUACAACCGGCUACCCAAGGAAACAGGCGAUUGAAGGUCGACAACUUUGAUUAUGGAGCAUUAUGUAGCAAAAUGGCCAAAAUGACAGAAGGUAUGUCAGGAAGAGAAAUUGCGAAGCUGGGAGUUGCCUGGCAAGCCGCCGCGUAUUCCUCGGAAGAUGGUGUGUUGACAGAAAAAAUGGUACUAGAUAAAGUAAAAGACUAUAUUAAGCAGCAUAAACAAAAGGUAGAAUGGCAAUCAGAACAGGAAAGGAAAGAAUCUAAAAGCAUAUAUCAUUCAGAAAAAGAAGAUUCAUUUAUUCCAGUUGUACCAAAAGAGAUAUGAUAACUUUUGUUUUAGCUCAAUACCCCAAAUAAAAGUAAUACUUACUAAGAGUGUUUUUAAGUAUCUUAUGUUAAGAGAUAUUUCUUUAAAUUGUUUUAUGAAAAGGAUGUCUGUAAAGAACCAGUUUAACACCUUAGUAAUGUUUUAGCAUUUAGGAUUAGGCAUAUGUAACUGAGAUUUGAAGUAUCUCAGUAAUCAUGUAAGGAGAUCGUUACUUGUUAUAUUCAGUUAUAUAUUUAAUUAUAUAUUUUUAAAAUUUUAUGUGAUAUAGAAUGCAUCUCAGGGAUGUUUUACUAAAAUUCUCUGCAUUCUGUUAUUUUUUUGAUAUUUUGUUAUUGUAUAUAUUACAAAAAUUUAGGAUACAAAUUGUUCAAAAUCGUAUUCUUUUGAUACAAAAUAAAAACAAAAAGUACACUACA